AUGGUCGCGCUGUUCGCUCUGCUGUUGCCGGUGUGCUGCAGGGCGGUACCGGAGCUGAUCCGCUACACCAUCCCCGAGGAGCUGGGCAGAGGUUCGCUCGUGGGGCCGCUGGCGCGGGACCUAGGGCUGAACCCGGCAGAGCUGCCGGCACGUAAACUGCGGAUCGUCUCUGGUGACGAAAUGCGAUACUUCACUCUCGGAGAAGACAAUACAAAUCUGUGGGUAAACGAGAGGAUAGACCGAGAAAGCAUCUGCGGGGCCGUGUCGCCCUGUGUUUUCAAUUUGGAAGCAGUCGUAGAAAACCCUUUCUAUAUAUUCCACGUAAGUGUUACCAUCGAGGAUAUCAAUGACAAUGCACCCCAGUUUGAUAGAGAAUUCGUUGCCGUGGAAAUGAUCGAAUCCACCCGUCCUGGAGCCAGGUUCCCACUGGGCAGUGGAAGAGAUCCUGACAUUGGGACGAACUCAUUACAAAACUACCAACUUAGCCCUAACCCGCUCUUCUCCCUUGUAGUGAAGGAGAGUACUGAUGGGACGAAACAGCCGGAAUUAGUGCUGGAGAAAAGCUUAGAUCGAGAAAAGCAGAGAAAUCACCAUUUGAUCCUAACGGCAUUGGAUGGCGGGGAUCCAGUUCGAUCCGGGACAGUCCAGAUUAACAUUAGCGUGACCGACGCAAAUGACAACACGCCGGUAUUCACCAGGGAGAUCUACAAAGUUCGACUGUUGGAAAACCUUCCAGAGGGCUCCUUAGCUUUCCAGGUGAAAGCUACUGACAGCGACGAAGGCACAAAUGCAGAAAUUACCUAUUCCUUCAGUGACAUCGCAAACAGUGCUCGCCAGCUCUUCACUCUGGACUCCAGGACAGGGGACGUGAAAGUCACAAGCCUAUUAGAUUAUGAAGAAGGAAAACAUUAUGAAGCGACAGUUGAAGGAAAGGACGGGGGCGGGCUGAGUGCGCACACCAAAGUUCACAUUGACAUUUUAGACGUGAACGACAAUGCACCAACCAUUUCCCUCCUGCCUAUCUUGAACCCAAUACCAGAAGAUUCGGUCCCAAGCACUGUUGUAGCUUUGAUCAACGUCCGUGAUAGAGACUCGGGGGAUAACGGAGCAGUGAGCUGUAACAUCGAUGGUGAUUUGCCUUUCAAACUAGAAUCUUCAUCAGAGAACACGUAUAAACUAAUAACAGCCAGUGAGCUGGAUAGAGAAACGGUCUCCGGCUACAAUAUCACCAUCAGUGCCAGGGACCGGGGCAGCCCGAAGCUGUCUAGCAGAGCUGCGCUGGUGCUGGAAGUGUCGGACGUGAACGACAAUGCACCGCUGUUCGAGGAGGAGGUCUACAGCGCCUACGUGGCCGAGAACAACGCGGCAGGAGCGCCGGUGCUACGCGUGCUGGCACGGGACGCGGACGCGGGCGCCAACGGGCGCGUCAGCUACUGGCUGGGGGGCAGCAGCGCGGACUCGACACCGCCGCCGGUGUCGGUGGAUGCGCAGAGCGGCGCCGUGUACGCGCAGCGCUCCUUCGACUACGAGCAGUGCCGCGAGUUCACGGUGACGGUGCGGGCACAGGACGGCGGGGUGCCGGCGCGCAGCUCCACAGCUACGGUGCGCAUCUUGGUGCUGGACCUCAAUGACAACGCGCCGCGUGUGCUGUGGCCGACGGCGGCGGCAGCAGGAGGCGAGGCGCCGCCGUUCGAGGUGGUGCCGCGCACGGCCGAGGUGGGCUACCUGGUGGCCAAGGUGGUGGCGGUGGACGCGGACGCAGGGCGCAACGCGUGGCUGUCAUACGAGCUGCUGCAGGCGCCGGAGCCGGCGCUCUUCCGCCUGGGGCUGCACAGCGGCGAGGUGCGCACGGCGCGGGCCGUGUCGGAGCGCGACGCGGCCAAGCAGCGCCUGGUGGUGCUGGUGAAGGACCACGGGCAGCCGGCGCUGUCGGCCACGGCCACGCUGCACGUGGUGCUGGCCGAGAGCUUGCAGGAGGCGCUGCCGGAGCUGAGCGAGCGGCCGGCGGGCGCGGACUCGCCGGCGGAGCUGCAGUUCUACCUGGUGCUGGCGCUGGCUCUGCUGUCGGCGCUCUUCCUGCUUAGCCUGGUGCUGGCGCUGCUGGCGCGGCUGUGGAGGGCCGGGCCGCCCGCCGUCCUGCGCUGCCUGGGCGCGCAGCGGUUUUCUCUGGCUGGCGCCGCCUUCCCGGCCGACUUCUGCGAGGGCACCUUGCCUUACUCCUACAACCUGUGCGUGGCGCCGGGACGCGCCCUGACCGAAGCCGCUUGGCCUCCACCUCCCAGCGUGCCCGCGGAGGAGUUGCAGGGCGGGGAGUCCUGCGGGAAGCCGAGCCCGAGCAGCAGCGGCUCCGUCGCGAGAGACCCGCCCGCCGACCCGGACACGACACAGUUGGGUUCUUUACCAUCCUGGGUGGUAGUUCCUUCUUUUCCGACCAUCUCUGACCAUGCUUCCGGGAGAAGACUGCGGGCGCCGCUGUUGACCGAGGAGGAGCCAGAGGAAGCCGGAGCGCUGCAGGCAGCCCCGCCCGCUGCGGCCCGGCUCGCUCUCUGGCUGGCUCGGAGUCGGAGCGAUCUGCGAGCGUCCCCGCGGUGCGGAGCCGAGCUGCAGCGAGCCUGA